AAUGGCCCUCAUUUCAACCAACCAACGAUUCCAGACGAAUCGACAGUAUCAUGUGACAUCCAUAAAACAUGUCACGUGAUCUUACAUCAAACUCCAGAUCCUGUAGCGGGAUGCCCUCUAGUCACUGCCGAUGCUGUACCUGGUGGUCUGUAUGUGAUGAGCCCUGUAUCGUCAACAAACGGUGUAUGUAAAACAGACGUCGCCUUUACUCCGAGUGGCCAGAACGAUAAACACGUCUGUUUGACUUCUACACUGCAGGGUGUCAUUGGUGAAAAGAGAUGCUACACUCUACAGGUUACCAGUACUUCUCCAGCCCAAACGCCGUGUGAGAUUAAGAACUGUCAGCAUGGCGGAUUGUGUACAGGGAAUCCAUCAGGCACUACGGCCACGUGCUCCUGUACCGCCGGGUACUCCGGGGUAGACUGCAGCACAGUUGGAGCCCAUAAUGUCGGCGACCCGUCUGGGAAUCCAAUACAACCUAGUGCUAGCACCACACCUGUGGUUACCGACACAGUAGUGCCCGAUACCGUAUCCUGUGUUGUCAACACUGUCUGCCACGUACCUGUCCUGGUAACGGGGGAUCCGAACAGCCCACCAACGCUUACCCCAGUAAAGAACGACCCGGGGACACAGGGUGCAAAGGUGACUGUUCCCCUACCUCCGCAUCAGCUUCCAGGAAGCCCACCAGGAACGUUUAAAGGUGACGUAACAGUGACGAGUAGUACACAGGGAAUACAUACGUCAUGUGUUCAGACUGCAGACGCGACAGGAACCAGUGCCCAGGUGUUGUGUUUUAAGGUGAACGUGAAGGGUCCACCCUCUUCUGGAAACACAGCCCCGUCCACUGUUCAGCAGAUCAUUGAACCUACCCUCCCUGCUGAGUCUGUAAUCAAAUGCUCAAAGGACAAAUCCUGUCACGUCCUCAUCCAUACAGCUCCUACAGGAGGGUCACAGUGUGAUGCGAGAGUUACCGAGAAAGGGACUAUUUCCGGUGGCGUAAAUAUAUUUACUCCAGUCAAGGACACGGACGGGACGUGUGUAACGGAUAUCAGACUACCCUCAAACAAUGUAGGCAUAAAGCAUAUCUGUUUCCAAGUAGCACCGGUCUCAAAUGGUGGAAACGCUGAAUCUCGUUGUUACGAUCUGCAUAUCGACCAAGAUCCGUGUAUAACAGUGCCAUGCCCAUCAACCAAAGGGACAUGUGUUUCAGGGCCAGGGUUUCCAAAAUGUCAAUGUAAACCAGGAUACGUGGGUCUUACAUGUAACACAAAUGACCUGUGUGCUUCUAAGACGUGUAGUAACGGCGGUGUUUGUAUCAUACGAGAUGUCAGUGCCUUCUGUCUAUGUCCGCCGGGUAAACAAGGGAACACAUGUGAUACUGAUGCCUCGACUCCUAUACCUGGAUCACCUUCCAGUCCAAACACGGACCCUAAGUUCGUGGAUACAGUGCUACCAAAGAGAUUAGUAUGCACAGUUGGUGAAGAGUGUAAGAUACAAGUACCUGUGGCGGGAAAUCCGCUUACAUCGGGUAACAUUCAGUUUGGACACACAGACAACGGGUUGAAUCAGGGAUCCAUCGCCGUUGACCCAUCGAUUGUGUCCACUGACCAACACCUGACAACUUUCGCCUUUACACCGACUAGUGCGGGUGACAAACGUGUGUGUGUGCAGACAAAGACUGCUAUACAAAAUGUAGACGAGAUGUGCUUUGUCGUGGAUGCGAAAGCACCGCCACCUGCUGGGACAUCGACUCAUCCUGAUAUGUCAAAGCCCCAGUUCACGUCGCCUUCUUUGCCAGACAAUUCUAUUGUGGAAUGUCACACUGGUGCUACGUGUCACAUCCAUUUGUCCACAACUCCUGGAAGCCCAGGAACCAACUGCCCCGACAUCGUACAGACUGCCACAGGACAGAUGCAAAAUGUCCAUGUAUUCAAGACAAGCCCAACUAUUACUGGAGCAAAUCCAUCUUGUCAAUCAACCGUAACCCUGGCACCAACCCCCGGUCAGAUAGGAGACCAACAUAUCUGUUUGAAACCAAAAACAAACAGUAAGCAAGGUAAUAGUAAAUGUUUUACUAUCAAGGUGACUGAUCCAAACACCGAUGCAUCAACAGGCGGACCGUGCCAGUCUCUCCAUUGUCAUAACGGAGGGAAUUGUGACGCUGUCGUAACAGGAUCAACACCUUCAGCAAACUGUGUUUGUACGUUAGGUUACAGUGGACAGACUUGUGAUACAGCUACUUGUGGAGGCACAAACUGUCAAAACGGUGGAGUAUGUGUCAUACAAAACAGUUUACCAGUCUGCAUAUGUCCUCCAGGGAAGAUAGGGACUCAGUGUGCCAAUGAUGGAUCUAUUCCUAUCCCAGGAUCCCCUUCGGCGGUUCCGGCGGCGGUUCCCGUUUUUGUGGAUACAGCUUUAUUGAAAUCGAUCACUUGUGUUGUUAAUGAAGUGUGUGCUAUACCAUUGCCAGUGAAGGGUUCUGCCGUCACACAAUCAGAUUUAAAGUUUGGCCAAGUUGAUACAGGAGUCACAGAGGGAAUAAUAAAUGUUGACCCGACACCCGGUAAUCAACAUUUGGCAAACUUUUUAGUCACCCCGACUCAGACAGGGAACAAAAAUGUCUGCGUGCAGACGAAAACAGCAACAUCAAAUGUAGAUGAGGUAUGCGUCGUAGUGAAUGCAGUAUCGUCAUCAUCAGGAAAUCCCUCGCCGGGCACAAGUUCCAGUAAGCCUCAGUUUGCGUCGCCGUCUCUACCCGACAACUCUGUUGUUGAAUGUAAAAUCGGAUCUACGUGUUACAUCCACGUGGCUACGACUACUGGAACUACGGACAAGCAAUGUCCGGAUGUCAUACAAACUAGCGUACAACAAAACAUGGAGAACGUGGCAGUGAUUCCAUCUGGUACAUCCUCAUCAUCCCACCUGUACAGCUACGGUGGCUAUCAAACCUAUAGACAGCCAGUCCGGAACCCAUACUGUCUGUCUGUCGCCAACUAAACAAAGUGGUACUGGGAAGCAGAGAUGCCUCAAAGUUCAUGUCACAGGUCCAACAGAUUCUACAACAGGUGGACCUUGUCAAGUGCUCCACUGCCAAAACAGUGGUUCUUGUGUUGCUGAUAUGACUUCGU